CAGUUCCAUUUAAGAAUGGCAGAGAGCCGGAAAUGACGUCUCCCACCUGGCUCGCGCAUUAUGCGGUGCUCGACCCCGGCUCCAGCUCUCCACGUAGUUUCCAUUACCGGCGCCGUGUCGGGGUUGAAAAGCAAGCCGCUGCCGUCCCCCAGGAAGCCUGUUCAGAAUGAGCAGUUCCUGGACCAUCUCUGCAUUCUCUAUCCAGUGUUGAUGCUGCUUUCCUCGGCUUACGAGGAUGGCGAUCUCCAUCCCCUGAGAGCCAUCCGUGAUGCCCAGACGGGGGCCACUCCUGCAGGCCCGGGCCCGCUGGCUGCUACUGGGUCUCCUGCUAGUGCUGCUCCUCACACUCUUCCUCUACCUGCUGGAAUGCAGUCCCGCCGGUGACGCCGGUGCCUCCCUGCCCGGCUUUGCAGGCGAUCUAUAUAGCCGUGAGCACUUCCAGACGCUGCUACAGGAGCAAGAGGAGCGACACCUCAGCCGUGUGUCCAGCCUGAAGCGUCAGAUCGCCCAGCUAAAGCAGGAACUUCAGGAGAUGGGUGACAAGCUGAAGGCCUUGCAGGAGAAGGAUCCUGGAGGCCGGGCCCAUGUGGAGACACAAGACCAGGAGCCCAGUGACCUGCUGGAAUUCCUCCAUGGGCAGAUUGAGAAGGCAGAGGUGAACACUGGAGCCCGCCUCCCCAGCGAGUAUGCUUUGGUGGCCUUUGAGAGCUUUACCACCACCAAGGUCUACCAGUUGGAGAUGGGUCUGACUCGACACCCCGAGGAGAAACCCGUCCGUAAGGAUCGCAGGGACGAGCUUGCGGAGGUCAUCGAAGCUGGCCUGGAUGUCAUCAACAACCCGGAAGAGGAUGACGGUCCAGAGGACGAAGAUGUACCCGUGCAAAGGCAAAUGUACAGUGAGAGUGAUUUUGUGGAAGGUCUGUACAGGACAGAGAGAGACAAAGGGUCUCUGUAUGAGCUCUUCUACAGCAAGGAGGGCACCAGCAGCUUCCGCCACGUAACCUUGUUUCGGCCGUUUGGGCCACUGAUGAAGGUGCGCAGCACGGCUGUGGACCUCAGCAAUACCGCCAUCAACAUCAUUGUGCCACUCUCAGGCCGCACCGAGGCAUUCUCGCAGUUUCUUCAUAACUUCAGGGAGGUCUGCAUACAGCGUGACAAGCGGGUGCAUCUCACUGUCGUCUAUUUUGGACAGAAAGGUCUUCAGGAGGUGAGAUCCUCCUUGGAGAAAAUGUCCAGGCUGGAGAGCUUCUCCAACUACACCCUGAUCCCUGUGGAUGAGGAAUUUUCACGGGGGCGUGGUUUAAAUAUAGGGGCCCACGCAUGGGGGAACAGUGACGUGCUGAUGUUCUUUUGUGAUGUUGACAUUUACUUCAGCCCCGAGUUCCUCAACACAUGUCGGCUUAAUACGUCUCCAGGCAGAAGAGUUUUUUAUCCAGUGGUCUUCAGCCUGUACAAUCCUGCCAUCGUUUAUGGGAACCUGGAGCUAUCUCCCAGCAUUGAACAUCAGCUUGUUCAUAAAAAGGAUGCUGGUUUCUGGAGAGACUUUGGAUUUGGGAUGACCUGCCAGUAUCGUUCAGAUUUUCUCAGCAUCGGAGGCUUUGAUCUUGAAGUGAAAGGCUGGGGCGUGGAGGAUGUCCACCUGUACAGAAAAUACCUGCGAAGCGAGUUUGUCGUUGUGCGGACGCCCGUCUCUGGCCUCUUCCACCUGUGGCACGAGAAGCUUUGUGCAGAUGAGCUAACCCCAGAACAGUACCGCAUGUGCAUCCAGUCCAAGGCCAUGAAUGAGGCUUCACACUCUCACUUAGGCAUGCUGGUGUUCCGGGACGAGAUUGAACAGCACCUUCGCAAGCAGGCCUACAAGGUCCAGAGCAAGUCUGAUGAGUAGGCAAGACCUAAUGAGUAGGCAGGGUUUGAAGAUCACACGGAGCAAAAAGAACCGAAGUUCACUGCUGAGGCAGGAAAGGAAGAGAAUGAACAAGGCUGGCUUGUUCUUGAAAUGAUGCACAAUACUGUCUUUGUCUUCCACAAAUCAGUUUGAAAUGAAGUCCUUUUCUAACAUUAUUAUAUUGAUCUAUCUAAUGAAGGAAAGGCAGUUUGAGUAAAAUGAGCAUUUGUCUCUUUUACAGGCUGAUGUCCUGUUUCUGCUGUGUAUCCUAAAAAAAUAACAUUCAGAAGCUGAGUGUUUGAGUGGCGCUGCAAAAACAAUUCCUAAGGCACCUCAAUUUUACAAAUUUUUCCCAGAAGUAUUCUUAAGUAUGAAGAUAUGUGUGAUACAUGGCAAAGUCAUAAGGAAUAAACCAGGAGCAGCUGAGCUGAGGUGCAUGCGUGUCACAUUGCUCUAAUGGCCUCUCCUUAGACCUUCCUGCUGCUGUACUCCCCUCCGCUUGGGUGUUAUACUGCAGGAGAGAUGGUAGUAUAAGGAUGGCAGUCAUCUGAUAUUGUCCUGCUGAAAUAGCACUAAAAGGCACCUUGUAGUCAACUGGAUAAUGGAUGCAAAGUGUGCUUUUUUUAACUGUCAUUCAGAAACAUUUUGCUUUGGUUACAUUUGUGUUGUCCAUAAGUCCAUUUUGGCUGAAAUAUGGAGGUGAUGUCAGCUCUCAGCACAGAAACACCCCAGUGGCCUGUAAAUGGUUGAUGGAUUUUCAUGUUUUUCAGGGAUUUAAUUUAUCACAGGUAUAUAUGCCUGUGAUUUGAGAGGAUAACAUAGGAUUUACCGUAGGCAAUGAUCAGACUAUGUCAGGAAGUAUCUGAAACCUCACAGUAUUUGACAGCAUCUAACAACCCUGACGAGGCCUUUCUCCCAUUGGAAUUUAUGCAUAAAGUUGUUAAUUUUCUAAUAUCAGCCUGAUUUCACUUCUGUGCUUCUUUACUUCUAAUGGAUUGUUUUUGUCCUAACUUGAAUAACUGGCAUUGAGCUUCCUUACAGAUUUGUUGCUGUUGUGUGUUUUAUUCAUGGGGACCUUUUAAAGUGUUUUAACUGCAGCAGUGGUCUGGGUGGAGCUCUGCUUUUAUCUUCUCUCUAACUGUUCUGGAUUGUCUUAUGCUUCAAGAAGUUAAAGAAAGUAAUUAAACCCAGUUUUUAUGGAAGCA